UCUAUGAGAAAAUAUUCCUACUUCUCACUAGAUUUUUUACCUCAGUAAACAUUUUCCUAAUGAGUUUGUGGUCUCAAUUGCUAGUUUCAACUCUUCUUCAAUAUAGUAUUUCAUAUUUAUUGUCGCUGUAGCGUGAAUUGCUUGUAGCAGAUUUUAUCAUUUAAUGUUAAUGCUGAUGGCCAAAACCCAACAUGGCUACAGCCAAAAUGAAAAACUUGAGGCUUCAAAACCAUAGUCCACAAAGCAAUGGUUGUUCUUAUAUACAGUCUAUGGUCAUUAGCAGAACAAUUCUACACCUGUUAAGUUGCUCCAACUAUAGGAAAAGAAAGUCAUAGCACAUCGGUUUAGAACUGCAGAUGAAGAUGCAUUGAUUUGCCUCCUACAGGCAAAUAAAGUAGUAGCUGCUACAAUUAUACCAGCUAAGCCAGCCGCAGCCAAUGAUUGUUACUGCUGCAGUUUUUAGUCAUGCUAGUGGCUGCUGAAGGUAUGGUCGGCCGAUCGGUCCACCACUUUGGUCCAGAAUGUAAUAUCUCAGAAACUAUUGGAUAGAGUGCCAUGAAACUGUGCACAGACUUUUUCGAUCCCCAAUUGAUGGGGACGACCCUACUGACCUUGAUGAUACCCUGACUUUUCCAAGAGUUGAAAUUUUAGUUUAAUUGUGAAAUAUCCUACAACUAUUGGAUGGAUUUCCAUGAGAUUUGGUACACACAUUCAUAUCCAUCUCAAGAUGAAUUAUAAUCACUUCUGUGCUGGUCCUUGGACAGUAGCUCUAGAUCUUUCAGUUUGUCCUAUAAACCUGCUAAAUUAAUGACAUUCCUUUGAGCAUGUUAGCAUGCUGACGUUAAAAUUUAGCUCAAAGCGCCGCUGACACAAAAAACUCAAUUGGUUUUGAAUAUGUCAUUACUCUAAUAAUCAUUAUCAAUGCGUCACUUCAUUUUCAAGCCCAUAUUUAUAGGAUUACAUUUUCUGACUUUUUCAAGUGAUAAUAUAAAAAAGAAAACCUGUGGCAGACAGCAGUGUCUGCUAAUAAAAUGAUUUGGUUUUGUACAUGGAUGUUGUUGACUUCACAUUAUGGUUACCAUAAUGCUUGCGGCUUUCAUUGAUAAGUUUGAGACAAGGAUCUUUCAUAAUUUAGCUUAACUGUUAAAUAAAUGUCAAAUCUGUGUUUAGGUGUCUAAAAUGUGUGGAUGCUCCCUGUCAGAAGAGCUGCCCUACAAACCUGGACAUAAAGUCAUUUAUUACAAGCAUCUCUAAUAAGAACUACUAUGGGUCAGCGCGAGCCAUCCUUUCUGACAACCCCCUGGGUUUGACCUGCGGAAUGGUGUGUCCCACAUCAGAGCUGUGUGUCGGGGGCUGCAAUUUAUAUGCUUCUGAGGAGGGACCCAUUAAUAUCGGAGGGCUUCAGCAGUUUGCUACCGAGGUGUUUAGCAAGAUGGGCAUCCCUCAGAUCAGGAAUCCUGAACUGCCACCAGCCAAUGAGAUGCCAGAGUCUUACCACACCCCUAUAGCUCUGAUUGGUUGUGGCCCAGCAUCAGUCAGCUGCGCCUCCUUCCUGGCCCGUCUUGGAUAUGAUAAUAUUACCAUAUUUGAGAGACAGAAGUACAUUGGAGGGCUGAGCACAGCAGAAAUCCCUCAGUUCCGGCUUCCCUAUGAGGUUGUGCAGUUUGAAAUAGACCUGAUGAAGGAUUUGGGAGUCAAGGUGGUGUGUGAGAAGGGUCUAGGUGUUGAGGGAAUGACUUUGACGUCCCUGAAAGAGGAAGGAUUUAAGGCUGUCUUCAUUGGGAUUGGUCUUCCUCAAGCCAACAGAGCUAAAAUCUUCCAGGGUUUAACUAUGGAUCAAGGUUUCUUCACUUCCAAAGAUUUUCUGCCCAUGGUGGCCUCGGCCAGCAAGAAAGGUAUGUGUCAGUGCCGCUCCUCUCUGCCGGAGUUAAGCGGUAUAGUGAUCGUUUUGGGCGCCGGUGACACUGCGUUUGACUGCGCCACCUCUGCUCUUCGCUGUGGAGCCAGGAGAGUCUAUGUCUGCUUCAGGAAGGGAUUCACUAACAUCAGGGCUGUUCCUGAGGAGAUGGAGUUGGCUAAGGAGGAGCAGUGUGAGUUCCUGCCCUUCCUGUCUCCUCGUGAGGUCAUCAUGAAGAACGGUCGGGUUGCCGGGUUACAGUUCUGUCGCACCGAGCAGACUGAGGAAGGUGAUUGGCUGGAAGAUGAGGACCAAGUUGUCAGGCUGAAGGCCAAUUACAUCAUCAGUGCCUUUGGGUCCAUGCUCAACGAGCCGCAAGUGAGUGAGGCCAUGGCUCCUGUGAAGAUAACCCGCUGGGGUACUCCAGAGGUGAACGCUGACACCAUGCAGACCAGUGAGCCCUGGGUGUUUGCAGGAGGAGACAUUGCUGGUUUGGCAAACACCACGGUGGAAUCAGUGAACGAUGGCAAACAGGCUUCAUGGCACAUUCACAGAUACAUGCAGUCUCUUCAUGGACAGCCAGUGGACCCAGUUCCAAAGCUGCCGUUGUUCUACAGUGCUAUAGAUGAGGUGGACAUCAGCGUUGAAGUUUGUGGAAUAAAGUUUCCCAACCCGUUCGGCCUGGCAUCUGCUCCUCCCACCACCAGCACAGCUAUGAUCAGGAGAGCUUUUGAACAAGGAUGGGGCUUUGCUCUGACCAAGACGUUUGGACUGAAUAAGGAUCUGGUGACCAACGUGUCUCCUCGUAUUGUGCGUGGCACCACCUCAGGUCAUAUGUUUGGACCAGGUCAAGGCUCCUUCCUCAACAUCGAGCUCAUCAGUGAGAAGACAGCAGCCUACUGGUGUCAGUCAGUCGCUGAGCUAAAGAAGGACUUCCCUAAUAAUGUGGUGAUCUCCAGUAUAAUGUGUAGUUACAACAAGGAAGACUGGACAGAACUAGCCAAGAUGGCAGAGGAAUCAGGAGCAGAUGCAUUGGAGCUGAACCUGUCCUGUCCUCAUGGGAUGGGAGAGAGAGGCAUGGGACUGGCCUGUGGACAGGACCCGGUAAUGGUGCGUAACAUCUGUCGUUGGGUGCGUGAAACCAUUACUAUUCCGUUCUUUGCCAAACUGACACCAAACGUUACCGAUAUUGUCGACAUCGCCAAGGCUGCUCAUGAAGGUGGAGCAGAUGGAGUAACAGCUACCAACACAGUCUCAGGCAUGAUGGGGCUGAAGGCCGACGGCUCCCCCUGGCCGAGUGUUGGAGAGGGCAAACGCACCACGUAUGGAGGGGUGUCUGGUAAUGCCAUCAGGCCCAUUGCUCUCAGAGCAGUAUCAGCCAUCGCCAGAGCAAUUCCUGGUUUUACAGUUCUGGCCACCGGAGGUAUUGACUCAGCAGAAAGCGGACUACAGUUCCUUCACGCUGGAGCCUCAGUGUUACAGGUUUGCAGUGCAGUGCAGAACCAGGACUUCACAGUGAUUGAAGAUUACUGUGUGGGUCUGAAGGCCUUGUUGUACCUGAAAAGCCUGGAGCUGAAGGACUGGGACGGUCAGUCUCCUCCAACAGAGAGACAUCAGAAGGGAAAACCAGUUCCCAGGCUGGAAGACCUGGUGGGAAAGAGCCUCCCUAGCUUUGGUCCGUACCUCCAGCAGAGGACAGACGCCAUCGCCGACUACAAGAAAAAGGUCAGAAAUGCAACAAGUGAAGAAAUGGAUGCCGGCAUCCACCGAGUCAACCCGUCCAAAAAGCCUGUACCUGCUGUCAAGGAUGUGAUAGCCAGAGCGUUGCGCCACAUUGGAGCAUACCAGGAACUUAACAACAUGGAGCAGGUCCAGGCUCUGAUCGAUGAAGAGAUGUGCAUCAACUGUGGGAAAUGUUACAUGACCUGCAAUGACUCUGGAUACCAGGCUAUAACGUUCGACCCAGAGACCCAUCUUCCCAUGGUGACUGACAGCUGCACAGGCUGCACUCUGUGCCUCAGCGUCUGUCCCAUCAUAGACUGCAUCAAGAUGGUUACCAUGACAAAGCCCUAUAAACCCAAGAGGGGUGUGCCCGUUAGUCCUGUCUGCUGAAGGGAAAGGCAAACCAACACUUUCCACCUAUUUAAUAACGGAAACCAGAUAUUAUGAAGUUCGGUUUGAAGACUAAUCUGCCACAUGAGAUUUGAGACAUUUGUUGUGUCCCAUUAUUGAAAGUCACUCGAAUGAUGUAAAGAGUUCAACAGUGAUAGAAAAGUGACAUCCUAUGUUUGGAUCUGUUUAAUAGAAAAUAAGGGGUGGGAGUUUAUGUGAAAUGUGGUCUUGAUUAUAAGUAAUACUCACACCAAUAAUACCACUUGAGAAAGAGGCAACAAACCUUUUUUAAUGUCAAGGUUCACAAUAAUUGUAUUAAAAGAAAAUUGUCAAAAAUGUUACUGUUAUUUUGAAUGUUGACUGUAAUGAUGUUAGUAAUUGUGGAUUCUGCUGUAUUGUAAUCCCUCUGUAAACACUUUAUGUGUAAUGUUAUAAUAGACUAUUUCAAAUUAAAUGCACAAUUACUGUAUGCUAAAUGUAUUAAUGUAAAAGGAAAUGAGUCUAUGAUUAAAAUAAGGGUUUUCUGAUGCUGUAAAGCAUCUGUACACUGGAGCACAAACUAACAUGAUCAAACUGUAUGUCCUAUUACACAUCUCAGACAUCAGGGAUCAAACUCACAGACUUUGCAUUUUUAAUAUUGUGCUGACUGGUCUGAAGGAUGUGCCACGAUGACAGACCACGGACGAAGAGGUUUUCAGAUCCUUACUUUGAUUAAAAAUGAUACCCAAUA